AAGAGCCAGUCGUGAGCAUCGUGCGUUGGCUGCCUCUCGGUUUCACUCGCGACAUAGAAGUGGAGACGAGAACAAACCCUCCACGCCUGCCUUCCUUCCCGUGUCCCCUGUGCACCUGCAGCGGCAGCACACCUCCGCUUCACGCCGCUUAUUAUGAGACGGCUUUCCUCUCCCCUCCUUCCAUCCUUCAUCAACGCUACCUGCUACUGUUUCUUCCCCUCCUCCUCCUCCUCCUCCUCCUUUCUCUUAUUGCUUUCCUGCCUCCGUUCCUGCCUCCCUUCGAAGUGCAUUCAUCUCGUAAAGUGUCCCGGCACCCUUCAAGAAGAUUGCCUCCUCCUGUAUAACUUCUCGUCCUCGUCCCCGUCAGGCAGGUGUGAGUGAGCCGAGCACCCUCGACUCAUCCUGUGGCCAGUCACAGCUCAAGCUCAGCAACGGAAGGACGUCGCCGCUCCAUCUCCCUCGCGGUAUGAAUGAGAACCCUACCGGCUCAGUGAGAUAGCAACCUUCACCGCGCCAGCAAGUGUUCUCCCACGACUCGAGUGUUUCGAGCCCCGAUAUCCCCUUCGUGCAGACUUCCAGAGAGACGAGAACAAUGGCUGAUAUAAAUACAAUACAGCAAACGGACCCUGAGAUUGUCCCAGUCCCCGAGCAGACCCAGGACGGCGUGCCCCCAGUUUGCAAGUCGCGACUGUUUACGUGGCGCUUGCUGGGGGCGGUGCUGGCCCUCCUGGUGGUGUUGGGGUGGGUCUUCAUCAUCGUUAUGCUUAUACUUGAGGAAAAAUGGCAGCUAGUAUUGGUGGCGUGGCUCCUCCUCUACUCUGCAGCCCAUUUCUGCUACUGGUAUUGCAAGCGGCACAGCCUCCUCUCCCUCCGCAGACAGAAGUCCCACGUCAGUGCAGAGCAGAACUCAACUCCCCUGGCUUAUGCUGCGCUAUUGAGGAUGAAAAUCCGCCUGCGUGUACUGACCCGCAUCGGCGAGUCCAGCGAGAAGGUAGAUGACACGCCGCCCACUUACGACGAGGUGAUGGAUACGGAGGCGCCGCCCCCCGCCUACUUUACCGUCGUCGAAGAAACUCGGAAGGCUUCUGGUUCCUCCUCAUCCCUCGAUAGCACAUCCUUUCCAGCGAUGGGCGUGGCCACAGUCUCUGGCAUGGUGCACCAGGAUGCCGCUGCCACCGAGGCGAAAGAGUACCUGCAGCGCCCGCCGGCCUACCAGACGCCGAGGCACAUGAGGAAGAUUUCGCCGCGGAUAUUGCCCGGGGUGCAUCAGCUCCGUGCACCCACGGACUCCGCGGUCACAGCCACGGCAGCCGCCACAGCUAUCGCCACAGUGGCAGCCGCCGUCACUGCCACCACGCCCACCCAAGUCGUUGAUGAGACGGAGGCGCUGGAGGAGGAUCCGAUCCGAGGCCCUAUCGUGAGACACCUGAGAUCGACGACCAUCGCUACGUUGGAUGUGUCGUCGACCGAAGACGUGACUCCGUCAGUAACAAGAAGCGCCGCCGGCCACGAUGACGAGGAAAUUGACCUUCAGGCACCUACCACCGCCAUUCCAGGCUUUCCCUAGACUUCCAGUGCCAUGAACUAAAUUAUAUAAUAAAUUAUACAAACAUUGCGGGUGAUAACAUGUACAAACUAUUUGUACUGUGCAACGGUGUACAAAUUUAGUCGUCAUUGUCAUGAUUGUGAUCAUGCGCUCAAGGCCAUUCUUGUUACCAUUUAAUGUUAAGGUUAUUAUUGAUAAUGUUACUCUUUGUGUUGUUGCCUUGUUGUGGCGCCGCGCCUUCGCUGCGCCUUGUGAGCAAAGGUUCUGUGAUGCCUGUAUAUACAAUAUACUUAUUUGUAUUUUACUACCCUACAAAAGCUUCAUAAAAACUAUUAAAUAUGCAAAGAAGUUA